AUAGAUGUGCCUGAAUUUAGUGCUUUUUGUCUGACUAACUAUUCAAAAAUCGUAUUAGAGCUGUGGGAUAAUUUUAGAUUAGCAUUUAUUAUUAAAUCGGUAUUUUACACAAAUGAUUUGAUAGAUGAAGAAUAAUUUAUAAAAAUUACAAAUCUAUAAAAUUCCUAGGAUCAAUAAAUUAUCUUUAAAAAUAGUAUGAGGUUGCAAGUAUUUGCCAAAGAAAUUCCUCAACAUAUAAAAUGCUUUCAAGAAAAAAUAAAGAUUUGCGGACCAUUAAGGAAGGAGUUGUUGGAAAAUAUGUUAGGAAAGAUACUCCUCCGGAAAUGCCUAUAAUAAAUGUGUGGACCACCGAACCAAUUAGAAGACAUUCAAAUCAAGGUAGAUCAUCAUUGACUUCCUCUAAUACAAUACCAACGUCAUCAGCUUCCUCUUCAAACUCUUCCUCCCAGUUAACAGUCCAGAAAUUUGGCAAUCAGAAAACCUUAAUAAGUGAUGUUGGACUAGGAGCUCAUGAAGGAAAAUAUACACCCAGUGCUUCUGUGCCAGAUUUAGCUACCAGGUUCGCAAAUCUUACAAUAGGACUAGCUGGUGAUUCAACCACGUUUGGCAAUCCAGUGAUAAAUUCAUCCCAGCCAAUAUACUCAAAUCAACCCCUUGGAAGUGUAUACAACGAUAGUUCAGCAAAUAAUGCUAACUACGUGGAAAUAGACCAGAUAUAUCCUUUGAGUCAUGAUAGUAAUAACUACCAGGAUUCUCGGUACAAUAGAACAAAUUCUCCUAUUUAUCAAAAUACAAAUAAAAAUUCAGUAAUAAAUGACACAAAUUUAGACUCGACACCUAUAUAUAGCAACACCAAUAUUAAUUCAUUUGGAAAUUCAACCCAGAGUAUUCCGUAUGCUGAGUCGUUUCCUCACCAUUCAAGACAUAGCAUUAAUAGAUCUGAAAAUACUCAGGAACAGUCUGAGGAACUACCACUACCGCCAGGAUGGUCAGUCGAUUACACGUUAAGAGGAAGAAAGUAUUACAUAGAUCAUAACACUAAGACUACUCAUUGGUCACAUCCAUUAGAAAGGGAAGGGUUGCCAACUGGUUGGCAAUGUAUUCAGUCGCCUGUUUAUGGAAUUUACUAUGUAAAUCACAUCACUCGUAGAGCUCAAUAUGAACAUCCAUGUUUAGUGCCUUGUUUUAAUUAUCAAUCGGAAUCAUAUCAAAGAUACGUACCACCUAGGCCUACGCAUUACCAAACGCACAGUGUUUUAGUUCCUGCUAAUCCGUAUUUACUUGAGGAAAUUCCUCAUUGGUUAAACGUCUAUUUCAAAACAAGUCCUGAUUUAGAUCAUAAAUUACGAUGGGAUAUGUUCCGAUUGUCAGAAUUGGAAUGUUACAGUGCAAUGUUGACAAGAUUGUAUAAACAAGAACUACAAAGUAUUGUUAUGAGAUAUGAAUCUUAUAGAUCGGCCUUAAUGAUGGAAAUGGAAAAGUUUGGCAUUAAUAGAAAAAAUCGGUAGUAUUGGAACACUGUGAUUGGGAAAGCUAGUGAAGUUCCUUAUUGUACAUUUUAAGUUUAAGUAAGAAAUGUUCUAUAUUUUUAAAAGAUUGUAACUCGCUUUACAGAAUCCAAUUAUUGUGAUUAUAUUUUUAAAUAAUUAAA